AUGAAAAGUUGUCACCCCGGCUGCGACGAUUUUCUCUCGUACGCCGGGUGGCUUAAAAAGAAAAGCAGAUUGCAUGGUUUCUGGCAUCAGAGGUUUGUGUCUCUUGAAGGAGAUCAAUUAACGAUUUAUAAAGAUGAUACACGCCAAGUUGUUGAAGAACGGCUAAAACUAUAUCCAGACACAAAAGCAGAAAUUACACAAACCAAGAAAUUCUCGAUAUUCAAUAUUGGAGAAACCAAAGCAAAUAUGUUAUUUUUAGCAGAUUCUAUUGAAGAUGCUACUAGAUGGGUAACAGCAAUACAUGCAGUAAGCCUUCCAUCCCCGAAGCUUUCCAUGGAUGAUUUUAAUAUUAUCUCUCUUAUUGGGAAAGGAUUUUAUGGAAAAGUUAGACUCUGCCAAAAGAAGGAUACAGGCGAUCUCUAUGCAAUCAAAUCAGUUCACAAAUCAAUUCUUAUUAAAACAGGAAGAACUUGCGCUGUUAUUGCUGAAAGAAAUUUGAUGAUGAAAGCAAAAUUCCCAUUUUUAGUAAGUUUGCACUUUACAUUCCAGACAAGAUCGAAGUUUUACUUUGGACUAGAGUAUGUUCCCGGCGGAGAUUUGAAAUUCCACAAGUCACAAGUUGGGAAAAUCCCAAUUUUCGACGCAAAACUUUACGCAGCACAAAUAGGACUAGCAAUUACUUAUCUCCACGGCAUAGGAAUCGUUUAUCGAGACUUAAAACCAGAAAAUGUUCUACUUGACGGCCAAGGUUACAUUAAACUUGUUGACUUUGGCCUUUCUAAAGAUAUCAAUCAGGUCAAGACUACUAGAACUUUCUGCGGAACUCCAGAAUACAUUUCUCCAGAGUUAAUUUUGAAGAAAAACUACGGAUAUGCAGUUGAUGAGUGGGCGCUUGGCGUUCUCAUGUACGAAAUUAUAUUUGGAGACCCACCUUUCGUUGAUGAAAACGAAAAUAAAUUAUAUGAUAAAAUUGUUUUAGAAGAACCAAAGUAUCCAGCAGACGCAGAUCCCAAUUUAGUUGACAUUAUAAAGAAAUUACUGGUCAAAGAUCCAGCAAAACGACCAAAAUUUAUAGAUUUAAAGUCACAUCCGUUUUUCGCGGACAUUGACUUCAAAAAAGUAUACAACAAAGAAUACAAACCAUCCUAUGUACCGAAGCUAACAACAAGGCUCUCUUUAGAGAAUUUUGAUCCUUAUAUUACCAAUGAAAACCCGAAUGAUUCAUACGUUUCUCCUGCAAUAGGAGAGAUAGGGAAUAUUUCAGGCUUCAAUUUCGUUGAUAAAUCAUUUGACAUCGAUGAAGAAGAGGAAGAGCUACUAACACCUAGCUCUAUAGAAGAAUUAAUUAGCGCUCUGCCAGAUAUUCCUGCAGAAGAAUCACCUCUUAACGAAAACAGCGUUCAAGUUUAA